AUGGACGUUUAUGAUUUCAAUUGUUGUGUCUCCCUCAGCUCCCACACUCUCGCCGCCCUCAACGAAUUCGUCGUCGAGCAGCAGCAUCACUCCGAUGCUGGAGGAAGCUCCAAUGCUUCUCUUCUGUCCGAGGAUUGGAGGUUGAGCCAGUUCUGGUACAGUUCCGAAACAGCCAAAAUCGUCGCUGAAGAAGUUCCCACUCUCUGCGAUGGCGUCCAUGCUCGCGUUGUCUCCCUCGCUUGCCUUACUCUCUAUGUCAAGCAAAUGAAUCCUAAUGCGUCUUUGCAACUUCUUGAGUAUGACAAACGUUUUCAACAAUAUGGAAGUGACUACACAUUUUAUGACUACAAUCUCCCUGAUGAAAUACCAUCAGAAUUGAAGCAUUCAUGCAAAGUUGUAGUUGUCGAUCCUCCUUACUUGGUGAGAAUUAAUUGCUGA